UUUAAGGAGAGUACAAACAUCACACUGCUGGCGCUCGCCAUCUCCGACUUCUGCUGUUGUCUGACGAUGUUCUGGAUGUCCUUGGUUCAGACGGCGUACAUUUUGGACCCACCGCCGUUUCUGUUCGAUCUUUUGAGCCUUCUGGCUAUGACCGGAAGUUUCCCUAGGAUCAUCAUCACCCGAGUGACCAGCUGGCUGACCGCUCUGAUUGCACUGGAGCGUUGCGUCUGCGUGGCUCUGCCAUUCAAAGUCAAGGCGAUCUUCUCUCCCAAACAUUCCGCAGUGAUGACUGCGGGUGUGUUCAGCAUCAUGUUCAGCGCCAACAUGUUGCUGUAUUAUUCUAACGAAUUUGCGAUGACCUACAAUCCGCGGUUCAAUCUGUCUCAGUUCACGAUGAAGACGAUUCCCGAACGGGUCGAUGUUGCUUUUUACAUAAACGCAUUUGUGCUUUUAUUAUUGCCUUUGGUAAAUUACGCGUUUAUCAUGAGUUGCACUUUGGUGAUGGUCAUACAGUUAAAAAUAGCAACAAAAUGGCGGAACGGCGCAUGCGCUGGUGUGAAAGAUGGACCCAUUACACACCGGGUUAAAGAAGAUCACGUGGAUAAAAAUGUCGCAUCAAGACUAAAUGUCGAGUCCCCCAAUGGUGAUCACCGGAUUCACCUAACGAAAGAGACGAGACUGACCAAGCUGAUCGCCACGACUACUUCCGUUCACGUCGUCUGCCACGCGCCAAGUAACGCAGCUCUCAUCAUUAGUUGUUUCGUGCCUGAGUUCAGCUUCAACGGCCGAUACAGUCUGGCGUAUCUGACGCUGUGCAUUCUGGGGUUUCUUCUGGAGACGGUUAACUCCAGCAUCCCCUUGUUUGUAUACUAUGGACAGAGUUCCAAGUUCAAG